AAACGUAGAUAUCAUCCUCUGGUAGUAUUCCAAAGGAAUUUGAAUCUCUAACGGCAAGCGCCGCCUUCUAUCUACGACGCGACUAGUUGGAUCACCACGUUACUAACACCUUGCCGUCGAAACAAGACAAGGACCUUUCCCUUUACACAUAUCUAGACACAUACCCAGGAUAUAGUAUCGUCUAAUUCACUCAAAAGGCCUCCAAAUUAGGUAGACACUCUUCUCCGGCGAUCUAGGAACGGCAACUGCCGAUAUUCUAUUCACGCCACACCAACGCAAGACUCACGAUCUUUUGACGUGUAUAGGAAAGUGCGCCGAUAACGAAAACGCAUUCUACACCUCCUGCCCAAACAUCACUUCUAAUAUAUUAGGCAAUCUAAGGGUUCCUCUUCAAAACGCACCUUCUAUUAUUCUAUUUCUUAACAACACUCUCCUAAAUAUUCGAUUACCAAGAACCAGUAAUUCUACAAACUGCACACUCACUCUUAACCCAUAAAUACUACGCACUACCAACCGUAUCUUAUAUUUUAUCCCAUCUGCUUAGGUAUAUAUUGCCUAAUCCUUGACAGAGACUUUCGGAAAUUCCCCUUUUACAAUAUCCACCACAUCAUCCCCAACCCAAGAAAGCACUCAAUAACCAUGGCGCAUUCUGAGCACCCUCGUUCCUCCCCAAAUCGUGCACGCGAUCUUCGCAAUAGCGGAAACACCAGCAUGGAAUCGAUGCUUGCACCGGAUGUCCAGGACUGGCUUAAGCUUACCGGCUGGCACGAGAUUGACUACCGUGAGAAGAAGCUAGCAGAUUACCGAAACACCGACACUGGAGAGGAGAAAUAUGACACAGGCAAGGCUAAACUAGCUACGGAUGUUAUCAAGAAGGACCUUGACUCUAUUCUUGCCGAUACCCCUCAAGAUUCGUCACCUGCGCGGGUACGUCUCACUGAACCUGAAGGCUUGAAGGAUAGUAUUGAAGUGCAUCGUGGCAGGGGUAGCAAAGACCUUGUUGUUCCCACGACCCAUGCCCGUUCCGUGUCACCCCUUCGUUUCCACCACCAUGAACAUGACAAAUACCGUAUUCGUGGUUACUCACGAGUCUAUUUUAAUGACUGCGAUCGGCCCUUGACACCUCGCGGGUCGCCUUUACGUUAUAUUGUUCGGCCGAGCGGUCGUCCUGCACACACUACUGAGAGAAUCGAGAAGUAUGACAGUCCAAACAGGGAGCGAGUAGACGAUCAACGAGAUUUGACCCGCGAGAUGAUGCACUUACGUCAUCCUAAGCAACUUGUUCUUGAGGGCAAUGGUGAGGUCUGCUUCUUUGUGAUGAGAUCGUACAGUUGGUCUCACGUCUACGACUCGAUGGAGGAUGGUCUAUGGGCUACCCAGCGUCCCAAUGCGGAAGUUCUAAGCAAGGCCUUUGCCAGCGGCAAAACUGUGGUCCUCUUCUUCGCCGUUAACAAGUCUCACGGUUUUCAGGGCUAUGCCGUCAUGAAGUCACUUCCCUCUGCGGAUAUUCGCCCUAUGUGGUGGUACGGAGUCAAGUGGAACAUCUCGGAGCCGUUCAAGGUUGAGUGGAUUAAUACGAUGCAUGUCAACAGUAAACACGUAGUGCAUAUCUCAAACCGUCUCAACGAAGACCUUCCGGUUACGCGAGCUCGUAACGGUCAAGAGAUCGACGAAAACGCCGGCCGACAAAUGGUUUGCAUCCUCGAGUCCCGUGGUGUAGAGGAGUACAAGCGAGCCAGACGAAUUGGUUCUCUUUCUAAGCAAUAAGCUUAUGGCCCUAAUUUCGCACAAGUGACGCCUUCAGCAGACUUUCGAUCUUAUUUCGCUACUUAAGUGGUAUUAGGCGACUGGAUUCUUCACCUUUGCUGCACUAACUAGAACGAGAAGACGGGAAUUGGUGUCUUUUAACCUUUGACAUCGCGAUGCUUAACUCUUCAGUUAUCAUAAC